AAUUGCAUAAUGAGAAGACUAUCAGCUUGACUGCAGGUUUCCUGAAGGCAUGCGCGAUUGCAGCCUGAUAUUUGGAGUGAAGUUUUGGAGCAGUGUGGCAGUGAGGCAGUGAGGUGUGUGUGUGUGUGUGUGUGUGUGUGUGCGCGGUGUUUUCACAUAAAGAUGAUAACUCUGCUGUUUACCAGCGUUGUAGCAGGACUGCUGGCUCUUCUCCUCUACCAGAGGGUGGCUUAUCCCUUCUUCUGGCUGGAUUUGAUUUAUUACUUGAAACUUCGGGGGUACAGGAAGACGUUGCAUGCUCGUAUGCAGCAAGGAAUCAUCACAUACCUCGACUGUUUUCUCUACCAGGCGAGGAGGAACCCGAACAAACCCUUCAUCAUCUUCGAAAAGCAGACUCUGACAUACCAGGAUGUGGACAGGAGAAGUAACCAGUUUGCGAACGCGUUCCGGACGGAGGGUUCUCUGAAACAGGGAGACAUUGUGGCUCUGUUGAUGUUCAACGAACCGGAUUUUAUUUGUGUGUGGCUGGGGCUGUGCAAACUGGGCUGUGAAGUCGCCUUUCUCAACGUCAACAUUAAAGCCAAAUCUGUGCUCCACUGCUUUCAGACCUGUGGAGCCAAGACGCUAGUUGUUGGCGCAGAUUUGGUACAUUUGGUGGAGGAAGUGCCGCCAGAUCUGAAGGACAACAUAGCCAUGUGGGUGGUGGAUCACAUGUCACCUUCUGAGGAGUUCAGAAGUUUACUGGAUAAGGUGGAACACAUGUCUGGAGAAACCUUAAGUGACCUUCCUAACGUUGACAUCAUGUCAAACUUUCUCUUCAUUUUUACUUCAGGCACUACAGGUCUGUCCAAGGCAGCCCGUGUAGGUCAUCUGAAAGCCAUUGUGAGCAUGGCCUUCUUUGAAAUGUGUGGAGCCACAGCUGAUGACAUCAUCUACAUCACCCUUCCUCUUUAUCACAUGUCUGCUUCUUUGUUAGGGGUUGGAGGAUGCAUACACCUUGGUGCAACAUGUGUGUUAAAAAAGAAAUUUUCUGCCAGUCAGUUUUGGAAGGACUGUGUGAAACACAAUGUGACUGUGGUGCAGUACAUAGGAGAGCUCUGUCGAUACCUGGUCAACCACCCCACGGUUCCAGAGGAGAAAGCUCACAGAGUCCGGCUGGCAGCAGGAAGUGGUCUCAGGUCAGAUGUUUGGAUGGAGUUUGUCAAUCGCUUUGGUAGGAUCAAGAUUAGAGAGGGUUAUGGCCUGACUGAGGCCAGCAUCGGCUUCCUCAACUACACCGAUGAGGUUGGACCCAUUGGGAGGGCGAGUUAUUUCAACAAGCUUUCAAUGCCCUUUGAGCUCUUGAGUUAUGAUCCGCAGACAUACGAGCCGGUCCGAACAGACUCUGGAAGAUGCAUACGAGCACAAAUAGGAGAGGCAGGGAUCCUGGUAGCUCCUCUGACAGCUAUGAACCAGUUCAUGGGCUAUGCUGGGAACAAGGUCCAAUCUGAGAAGAAGCUGCUUAGGGAUGUGUUUGAAACUGGAGACGUCUAUUUCAACACUGGAGACCUCCUGUUCCAUGAUUACAGGGACUUUCUUUACUUCCGUGACCGCAUCGGAGACACCUUCAGGUGGAAAGGAGAGAAUGUUUCUACCACAGAGGUGUCAGAGGUUUUAGGUCUUGUUGAUUUUAUCCAGGAGGCCAACAUCUAUGGAGUCACUAUACCAGGAUAUGAAGGUCGAGCAGGUAUGGCUGCUGUCGUCUUAAAACAGGAUCACCAGUUAAAUGGAACAAAACUCUACAACCAUUUAGUGAAAACACUUCCUGCAUAUGCCUGGCCGUGGUUUCUCAGAGUACAGACCUCUCUAGAUGUGACCGAGACAUUCAAGCAGCAGAAGGUGAAGCUGGUUCAGGAAGGUUUUAAUCCAGACGUCACUAAGGAUCCUCUGUAUUUCUUGGACCUCUCUCAGAAGGACUAUAUCCUCCUGACUGCAGCUCUAUAUGAAGACAUUGUGUCAGGAAAGAUACAUUUGUAAAGAUAGUCCAGGCUGUGGCCACAUUUAAAUUUUUCUGGUUUGGAUCAGUGCCACAGUGAGGGGUUCCAUACAAAGCUGUAUCUACCCCUUCUUACAGUUUGUAAAUGUCAACCAGUUGUCAGCAACCAACAACUAAUUCUUCUCCCUCACACUGAAUAUUUUUUAUCAGCCUGAAGAGGAAAAAUUGUCCCAUAAUUUACAGGAAAAAAACUCAAAACUCAAAAUGUUUUAAACAUUUGUCAGCCCCUCGGUGUGUAUGGUCUGUGUGUGCAGCCCAACCACGAUUAAGUCAUGACAAUCCACCACCUUAAGCAUCAGCUGUUCAAAAAUUCUAUUUAGUAUAUUGUUUAUAAAUAAUGAAAGAGAGUUUAAAUUUCCAACAAUUUGACUACACUUGCAUAAGAAGAUUAUUAUUAGUAACUUAUAGUGAAAAUAGUGGCCAGAGCCUGUAUUUACCCCAACUUCCUUUACCUUUAUUAGAAACAGAAUUAUAUCAAAGACAGGUCUUUAUUUCUUUAUUUUCCCUGUUUUCUAAGUAUAUUCAAUCAUAUUUUAAUUAGAAGCCUUCCUUUGUCCCAGUCUGCUGUUUUACUCAAUAAUUAUUCUUCAUUAUCAUGUCUAUUUGUCAAUUUUCACAGCAACACAGGGUGUCAAAUACUGACACUAGGAAUGAGACUCAACAAUCAGCUAUCUUCAAGCCACCAGCCCAAAGUGUGUUUAUAUCUUUCUUCAACCUGAUUAUUUUCAGAUUAUCUGUUUGUCUGUGUCGCUACCAUAUAUGCAAGGUAUGCAGUUGCAUAGGGGGCUGCAGCAGUCCAUGGCCCAUGACUGACCAUGCAUAUCUGCCCCGUUGCUAUAAUCUUGAUUGACAUGAGCUGAACCUUCAUCAUAUGCAGCCAAUCAGUUUACAUGUGUUCGCAGUAGAUCUUUAUAGUAGACAGUGAGCAAAGGUCACUGACUUACUCCAUGGUGUCUCUGUCUCACACUUGAUGUCAUUCACAUUCAAUAGCAAUACAAUAACAUUAAACACUUUUACAUACAAACAUUUUAUUGGCUCAUACCUCUACAGUAUGUACAUUUAUGUUGUGUUUAUGUGUUUUUAAUGCCUGUGUGCACACAUGAAACAUUUUGUCAGUAAUAUCAAUGUGGUGCGCCGUCACUGAUCAUAAUUUAAAUCAUAAAUGUGUCAUUGUACGCCCCCUUACAAAUAGGAUCAUGGUUUCAUAUGUGUGAAGGUGAAUUUUAAUUUCUUAUGGUGCUCCGACACCAAUUUGGUCAAGCAGGCUAGUCUAUCACUGACUGUCUUAGCCUUGCAUUGAUUUUUAUUUUUUACUUUUAAUUGAGAAUUGAUGUUAUUUACCUUUUCAAUUGCUAUGGGAAAUUGGGUUUUCUUAGAAGAAUGGGAUGGACACAUUUAUAUUUGUUAAGUAUAAAGUAGCAAGUGCAAAUUAUACCAUAGUAUAAAAAAUAAACAGUACUGAAAAUGUAAUUGUUCUUCUCAUGGCGACAGUCUUCUGUGCACAACUUUAAUGCAUAAUAUAAAAUUCACUGUACAUUUAAUAACUUUGUAAAGCAAAAAUGUAAGGGGAAAUCAGAAACGUAAAUACAGUCCAACCUUUAGUCUGUUUUUUUAAAAGAAUGUAAAACAAAAACAACAUUUCAAUGCUCUUAGAUUGUUCAAAUUUGACCAAAAUUGCUGUAAACCAUCUAGAGAUCUGAGAGGAUGAAAAUGUACAGGAACAUUUCUGUUUGUUUUUUAAAAUAAAGCCAUGGAUGUACAAAUGUUGAUAA